AUGCCUGGAUUAUUUGGAAGAUCUAAGAAGAAGCCAGAUCAGCAAGUAGCUUGCUUCCUUGCAGUUUGUGAUGCCUACCUCAACUCAAUUCAGGACGAGAAGUUCGAUAAGAAAGCAUUCAAAUAAGUUUGAUAAGUACAAUAAGAGAAUGCUUGAAAUCAUGGGUGGCAAGUGUAAAAAGUGUCCCAAUACGCCAGAAAAUAUGACCAUAAUAGCAGCAGAGUUUGGUAAAGAGGGGGAGAUACUCAGCAGAUUACUCGUUUGUAUUAAUGAGUUUCCUCCAGAGUUCAAGAAACAACUCCUUGACAUAUUCGGUGAACUAUUUGCUCUUAAUACAUAUCCAAAUCCCCUUGCAGAAAGUUUUGAUCCUCAUGUUGACAACACUGUUGAAAAAUUAAUGGAUAACUUUGAAGAGCCCGGAAUGAGUGCUACAGCAGCUAAAAUUGUGAAAAUGAUGUGUGGAAAACUCGAGCUAUCAGACCAUUUUCUCACCAUAGAAUUCUUCAAAGUUCUCGCAGGGUAUGGCUUGAACUCAAAUUUUGAGAUUUCUUCUGAAGCUCUUUCCCUCAUGCAAGAGAUUCUAUUACCAAAGGACAAGAAACUGCAAGAAAAGGUCUCAGAGUUUUUAAAUCAGAAUAAAGCAGAAGUAAUGGAAGUCUUCAUGAACCUGUUCGAUGAAGAGAACUACUUGGUGAAAAGAGAAGGCAUGUCGUUCCUCCAGCAGAUCCUCUUGGAUAGCAAAAACAAUAUUGACUUUUACAAUUACUUUGUGAGUGAAAAGAAUCAUCUGAAGUUCGUGAUGCAAUCAUUAAACGACGAUAGCACGUCCAUCAACGUUGAAGCUUUCAGUUUAUUGAUGAUAUUCUUGAAAGCCCCGGAAGAAUCCAGAGGUCCAAGAGUCAACGAGACUCUGAGAAAGAACAGAGAUCCUCUACUCCAGUUUAUUGAGGAUUUCAACCCAAAUCCAGACAAAGAAGAUGAGUACUUUAACAAACAGAAAGAAGAAGCCAAGGACGAGAUCGAAAUGAUUUCAUAAAAUCCAGACAUCAUCAUCAUUUAGCAACAAAAUUUGAGAUUAUCUAAUUUCAACUAU